AUGUCGGACAUUACCGCCGCAGCAACGAGCAAUAUUGCAGAUGACAUUCGACCAUCAAACACCAGCACAGCACUCAACCACAACGCCACACGCUCACCCAAGCCAGCAUCCGAGCAUGAGGCGAGGCUGCAGCUACUCAACAUUGCACAAGAACUACAAGACAUCAUCUACGAAUAUGCGUUCGAGGAUGUUGUCCACAUUCAGCAACAGGACAUCGACGCAACAUACUCAGGACCACCACUCCUCUCCGCCCUCCGCACCAACACAAGACAAGACAUCUUCCACCGAGCCGAAGAAAUCUACUACAAGACCGCGAGCUUUGUCCUCGAAGAAGAGUUCCUGGUCCCCUUUCUCCUCCAACGCAAGGAAUACAGCAAGCACUUCUCAGACAUCUGCGUCUGGCUUCGGAACUACCCAGCGGUAGCAGCCGAUCAGAAGUGGGUCUUCAAGAGCCCUCUCGACUAUCCAAAAGCGCUCGAGGGCACAGGCUAUGCCUUGGUCUAUAUCUUGGCCCAAUUCAUGCUGGACAAGAAGUGUGCAACGGAGCUAGAAGAAGAGAACAUGUCGAAGUUGUACGAGGCGCUGAGCCAGGCUGGUAUCAAGGUGAAGGAGGACAUCCUGCGGGUCCCAGUCUUCAUGGAGUAUGAUGAAGGGGAAGGCAUCAAGUCUACCACUACCUGGACUUCAGAACCCAAGCGGGAUGUCCUCUGUCGGUGGCGCGACGUGCUUGAGACUCUUGAGCGCAAGCGCAAGGAGGAAAAAGAAGCCGCAAAGUCUGCACAGGCCAGCCAUAAUUCCAUCGAUGAAGUGGUCGACCAGGGACAGGAUGCGGACGACGAAACGGAUGCAGUGCAGGAGGACGAAGUUGAGGAUCAUGAUGCUACUUGA